AUGGCUUCUACUGCACUGAAAAUAGUCUGCUUAGUGGGAAGCGGUUUCGCAACUGCCCUUAUCUACACCAGAGCUCGUGAUAUCCAGCAACAAGACCGAUGCAGCCAGCAACCGGAACUAGGAGCAGGCAUAACCCAGCUAACACGCAGCGAGCGUCGCUUUUUGCAGUUCGCGUCCGUCGAAUACGGUCGGCAGAUUUACAUGACACCGCAGGACUUUCUUCAGUCGGUUCUGGAACGGUACCCGGUACCGUGCCUGAGACGUCGAAUUCUAACGCAAGAGGAAAUCUCCCGCUUCCAGAGCGCUCUAAGCCUGGUACAACGAAACAGUGCCAGUUUCUUUCGAAAUGCGACCGAUAAGGGUAUUAUUUCGUUCAUGGAGUACCUCUUUCUGAUAUCGGUGCUAACCCGGCCAGAGGCUGGUUUCCGUCUAACUUUCAGCAUGUUUGAUGUCGACGGUAACCAGCGGAUAAAUAGGAAAGAGUUCUUGAUAGCUCAGAAACUGCUGGGAAAUACACUGCGCCAACGGAAAGUGACUGAAGACGUGAGAAAAACACUAGGGAAACUUGAAGACUCAAAAACUCUAACCAUGUUGCAGGUUCACUUUUUCGGAAAAGAUGGAAACAACUCACUAGUGUACGAAGAUUUCCACCGUUUCAUGAAUAAUCUUCAGAGCGAGAUUUUGCAGAUCGAGUUCGGUCGGUAUUCAUUACAUGGUGAUGCUAUUUCAAAUGAAGAUUUCGCUAGAAUACUACUACGUUAUACGCAUCUUCAGCCCCACCAGUAUGAGACUUUUUUACGACGGUUACACAUUCUGGACAAUCAUCGUCAAGUGUCCUACGCGGAAUUCGAGCAGUUCUGUCAAGUGUUACACAAUCUGGAAGAUUUCGCACUGGCGAUGAGAACUUUUCACUCCCUAACCGGAAACAUUACUCGGGAGGAGCUCUCACGGGCCGUGAGAAUUUUUUCCGGUUCGGGGACUGAAAUUGACCAUCCAAUCGAUAUCGUUUUCGCGAUGUUCGACGAGGAGGGCGAUGGUCGGAUGUCGUACGAUAAAUUUUUACUUGUUAUCAACAACCGUUUCCGUUAUCUGGGAGAUCGUAAACUGGUAGGAUGGAAGGCUUUCAAGCGCUGCUGUCGACGGGAGGCGCGAAGAGACUAA